CCGAGUUCUCGCGAGGUCGGGCGGCGGGACCGCGAUUGGCUGACGGGGACUGAAUGCAAGAUGGCGCCCAGGGAGCUGUGAGGCGAAAAUAAUCUAUCGGAGAGAGGAGAAUAAGCGGAGCCUGUGUGACCGCGGAGGGAGGCCGGACGGAGAGCGCGCUGUGACGGGGAGCACACAGGGAGACGGCGGGCAGGCAGCGGCGGAUCCCGGACACACAGCGGGCGGAGCAGCAGGAGCGGCGGCAGCCGGAGGGAUUUGCACUAUGAAUAACUCAAUAGAGAACACCAUUUCAUUUGAAGAAUAUGUCCGAAUGAAGGCCCGGACUGUUCCGCAGCAUAGGAUGAAGGAAUUCUUGGACUCUUUAGCUGCAAAAGGUCCAGAUGCUUUGCAGGAAUUUCAUCAGCCGCCGACCACAACCAUGGUUUAUCAACAAGGGGGUAACUGCAUCUACACAGACAGCACAGAAGUUGCAGGGUCUUUGCUGGAACUGGCAUGUCCAGUUACCACAAGUGUUCAGCAACAGCAGCAGGACCAGCAGAUUCAAGUUCAACAACAGAUUCUUGAAGCACUCACAAGGCCUUGGAAUCUUCACCACACUGCCCCUCAGCCGAACCGAAUCAGCCACUCCCCAGAGGGGUCCCAGGACUCUGGUAUUUCAGAAGAUAUGUUGCUGCUAUUUGAACGUCAUGUCCUAAAGAAUGACAAAGAUUUCUGUGAGCUGAACUGUGUGCAGGUACAGCAGUCUCCCCAGCAGGUGACAACCCAGCAACUCUCUCCCCAGCUUAAUGUCCAUCCAUCAAAUGAGCAAACCAUCCAAGUACAAGUGCAAAUCCAGGGCUCUGCUCAAUCACAGACGCAGCAAAGUGGGCAAACAUUACAGACUCAGUCCCUGCAGAGCCCCGGCCCUUCUCAGCAGCUCUCCAACUCCCAGUUACAGGUGUCUCAGAUACAAGUGCAACACUCUGAUAUCCAGGAUGACCACAUACAGCACUCACAGAUCCAUGCACAACUGGCAGCAGGACAAUCUGUUGGUAGCGGAAUACAGAUUCAAGCUGCAGGAGCUCUAUCACCCCCACCAACCCAGCAAGGAUCCCCAAGGGAAGGGGAGCGCCGAUCCAGCACUUCCAGUGUUCUCCAACCAGUAAAAAAGCGUAAAGUGGACAUGCCUAUCACUUUGUCAUAUGCAAUUUCAGGCCAACCAGUGGCUGCAGUCCUGGCCAUUCCACAGGGUCAGCAACAGAGCUACGUGUCAUUAAGGCCAGACUUACUGACAGUGGACAGUGCUCAUCUUUAUGGGGCUACUGGGACCAUUACAAGCCCAACAGGAGAAACCUGGACCAUCCCAGUUUAUUCUGCAAAUGCCCGUAGUGAUCUUCAACAGCAGAAUAUAACCCACAUUGCAAUCCCUCAAGAUGCCUACAAUGCCGUCCAUGUAACAGGUUCUCCCACCACGGUAGCAGCUGUAAAAUUAGAGGAUGACAAGGACAAAAUGGCCAAAAACACACACGAGGAAGUGGUGCAAACUCUUGCUAACUCUCUGUUUCCAGCCCAGUUCAUGAAUGGAAAUAUUCACAUUCCAGUUGCAGUACAGGCUGUUGCAGGGGCUUAUCAGAACAGCGCACAAACUGUUCACAUAUGGGACCCUCAACAGCAGGCAUCUCUCCAUGAGCAGGUUCAGCAGCAGCAUCAGCAUCAGCUGCAGACACAAAUUGCUGAUGUUGAGCCCCAGCCCCAGCCUUCCCCUGAACUAAUGCUCCCUAAUUCCCUGAAACCAGAAGAGGGGCUUGAAGUGUGGAAACACUGGGCACAAACAAAGAAUGCAGAACUGGAAAAGGAGGCUCAAAACAGAUUAGCACCCAUAGGAAGGCGUCAGUUGUUGAGGUUCCAGGAGGAUCUCAUAUCCUCCGCAGUUGCUGAAUUGAAUUAUGGUCUGUGUCUCAUGACAAAAGAAUCUCGAAAUUCAGAAGGGGAGCCAUAUGAUGCAGACAUUCUAUAUUAUGUAUUCCUUUGUAUUCAAAAGUACCUUUUUGAAAAUGGACGAGUGGAUGACAUAUUUUCAGAUACUUAUUACAGCAAGUUUGCAGAGUACCUUCAUGAUGUUCUCAAGAGCUUUCAACCACGUGUCACAACUCUUGGUUAUGUCAUGCCAAGCCAUGUGACAGAAGAGAUGCUCUGGGAAUGCAAGCAGCUGGGAGCACACUCCCCAGCAACACUACUCACUACACUUAUGUUUUUUAAUACAAAGUAUUUUUUGUUAAAAACUGUUGACCAGCAUAUGAAACUAGCAUUCUCAAAGGUACUAAGGCAAACUAAGAAAAACCCUUCUAAUCCAAAGGAUAAGAGCACGAGUAUUCGAUAUCUUAAAGCACUUGGCAUUCAUCAAGCUGGACAGCAGAAAGAUGACAUGUAUGCAGAGCAGACCGAGAACCCUGAAAAUCCAUUGCGAUGUCCCAUUAAAUUGUAUGAUUUCUACCUCUUCAAAUGCCCACAGAGUGUGAAAGGUCGUAAUGACACCUUUUACUUGACUCCAGAGCCUGUGGUGGCCCCCAACAGCCCAAUCUGGUACUCCACCCAGCCAAUCAGCAGAGAGCAAAUGGAACAGAUGUUGACACGAAUUCUAAUUAUCAGAGAAAUUCAGGAAGCCAUUGUGGUUGCAAGUGCCAGCAACAUGCACUAAUCCUUUCCAGCCACGAAUAAUAUGUAAACGGAAGAGAGAUCAUGUACAGACUUUUACACUAAAGAAGAUGCCUACAUUUUUUUUUUUUUCUUUUCCUUUUUUUUUUUAUUCUAAUUAUUAUUAUUGGUGUAGCUAUUGGAGCCACUUUUAGGCUUCUCCUGUUUAAAAUAAAGUAUACAAGAAAACAUCCACAAUGUGCAUCUUAACAAAACUAUUAAAAUGCAUUGUUAAAGGUUCUGCUUACCAAAUUACCGAGCACAUGGCCUUUUCUUUCAUAAAGUCCCUAAAUGUUAAUGCAUAGUGUAUGGGACUAAACAUAUUUAAAAAAUAAAAUUAAAAAAGUGCAGUUUAUAAAAUUGCCUGUGAUGGGUAACCUUUGGCACAUAAGCUGUUGUGAAUAAUUUCCCAUCAUGCUCAGCUAGCUGAUCAACUGGCUGUACAUCACUGAAAAUGUCAUCUACACUUGCUGACCUGUGAAAAGUUAUUCAUCAACGGUUUGCAGACUGGACUAAUUGUAAAGGGUUCUGCUUGUUUCCUUGCUACCAUAUAUAAAGCCUUUUUAUUCUGUUUUUCUUUUACUUUUCUUUAGCAGUUCCCUAGUUUUAUAUAAUGGCAUAACUAUAUACAUACAAAUGUUUUAGAAACAGUGAGACUUUUCCACAUGACAUUGAAUAUACCCCCUAUUACUUUUUGUGGCCCAAAUAUCAAGGCCUUAAACUGCAGGCAUAGAAGCCUAUGUAAAUAUAUUGUAAUAUAAUCUUGUGUAUCUUCUGCACAUAUCUCCAUAUUUCUCCAUUGUUCUUAUGCUCCUUGUUUUAUUAAGAAUGACAAGCACGUCUUUUUAAUAUG